GCUACAGGCUCUCCCACUCUCCUCUCUUGUUAGCAUACUAAGCUCAUCAUUCAGAGCAAAUAAAUCAUCAGUCUCCGUGAUUUCUCAUCCUCUGGAUUUUUAUCGAUGGAGACACAGGUAAACACACGAGAGAGGUCGCUUCUCGUGCCGUGUGUUCAGGACAUACUGAAGGAGAACCCGACCACAGUCUCGAAGAGAUACAUCCGUGAUGAUCAAGAAUCUCCUGUGAUCACGGAUGCUUGCUCUGGCUUGCCUCAAGUCCCGGUGAUUGACUUGGGGAGGUUGGUUUUGGAGGAAGUUGCAAAGCCAGAGCUCGAGAAGCUGCACCAUGCGUGCAAAGACUGGGGCUUCUUUCAGCUGAUAAAUCAUGAAGUGCACCCUAAGUUGCUAGAGAAAGUGAAGAAGGGGAUUGAAGAGCUGUUCAACAUGCCAAUGGAAGAGAAGAAGAAGUUUUGGCAGAGAGACGGCGAAUUGGACGGCUUUGGACAGGCCUUUGUGUUCUCGGAAGACCAAAAGCUUGAUUGGGCUGACAUCUUCUACAUCAACACCCUCCCUGCUUCUCUCAGGAAGCCUUACUUGUUUCCCAAACUCCCACUUCCCUUCAGAGAUGAUUUGGACGCUUACUCAAAGGAAAUGCAAGCCCUAGCCAUAAAGCUCCUCUACCUCAUAGUGAAGGCUUUAGGAAUAGAGGCAAAGGACCUCGAGGGGAUGUUCGAAGAGGGCCUGCAAGGGAUGAGGAUGAACUAUUACCCGCCAUGUCCACAACCUGAGCUCGUGAUAGGCCUCAACUCUCACUCUGAUGCCGACGCGAUCACCAUUCUCCUCCAGGUCAACGAAAUGGAGGGCCUCCAGAUAAGGAAAGAUGGGAAGUGGGUUCCUGUGAAACCUCUCCCUGGUGCUUUCAUCGUCAAUGUAGGAGACAUUGUUGAGAUUAUGACGAAUGGGAUAUACCAGAGCAUCGAGCAUCGAGCGGCGGUGAAUGCAGUGAAGGAGAGGGUCUCUAUCGCGACAUUCUUCAGUCCACGAAUGGAUGCCGAGAUUGGUCCCAUGCAAAGCCUCAUCGCCCCGGAGACCCCAGCAUUGUUCAGGAGGAUAACGGUGGCAGAACAUCUUAAGGGCUAUCUAACAAGUGAGCUGCAGGGCAAAGCUUAUCUCGACGCCAUGAGGAUUAGGCAUGAGGAAGCCUCGAAGAGCUGAGUUGUAUCUUUUGAGCAUGAACGUGAAAACGGUGACAUGAAGAAUGGUCAUCAAACCAGAUUAUAGGAUAUGGGUUUUGUAUCUUAUGGAGGUCCUUUCUGAGGUAGACAACAACGACUUCAAAAACUUCAUAUCAUUUUCA